AUGGGCAUCGGGAAAAUUAUACAUAACCCAAUUCAGAUGCUGAAAAUUCUUGAAAUGUCAUUAAACCGCACUCUACGUGCUUCAUACUCAGUUUCUGGUACUCAAAUAUGUUUUACGUCUAGUUUGGCAAGACCAUCUAGAUUUGAAGAGCCUGUAUUUUCAAAUAUGCAUUAG